AGGUUCACGUCAUGCUAGGUGCGGCAGAAUAUUGAUAAACUCUUCUAAUAGUUACGAGAAUUGGUCGGUCUUCUUUUCAAGCCGAAGCCUUAAGGGAUAAAUUGCAGCAACACUUUUUGCAGAGUGUUACUUUGAUGCUACGGGAGAAGUAAUCAACGUGCGCACCAAGUGUUUGUUGAAAUUACUGUGAGAAACUUAGCAUUGCGUUGUAUCCUCGAAGCGCAAGUUUUACUCUUCAUAGUAUGUUUCAUCGCCGUGGCUUGGCAGGGUAAGGGUUCAGUGAGUCCUGCAUUGGCAUCUCAGCUUUUCACUCUUGUUUCCUUUUGAAUAUAACUACAUAAUAUGGACCUUGUGAAUGUUCCUGCGCUUCGAUUUCCAAAUUCUGCAGUCUUUGGAGUACAAUUAAAGCCUUUUGUUUCCUCUCUUUCGCUGAGAAGAACUUUGAUCAAGAAUCGACUGGUUGUCGAAGCUAGAGCAAAUGCUAGAAAGGAGAGUGCCAAAAUCCGGAACAGAAGGAAGCAGAAGAAGUUUGAUGGAACACCAAGAAGACCAAGGCUUUCUGUAUUUUGCUCAGAGAAGCAGUUGUAUGCAAUGCUGGUUGAUGACCAAAACAAAAAGUGUCUGUUCUAUGGAAGUACAUUGCAGAAAUCUAUCCGACAAGAUCCCCCUUGUUCCAAUAUUGAAGCUGCUCAACGUGUUGGGGAGGAACUUGUCAAAGCCUGCGUUGAACUCAACAUAAAUGAAAUAUCGUCCUACGAUCGCAAUGGUUUUGCUCGCGGAGAAAGGAUGCAAGCCUUUGAGAUUGCAAUCUCCAGUUUUGGAUUCUUGCCAGGAUAGAUCUGUGUGGAAGACUAUUCUUUUUCAGAAACAAGAGAAACAAUCAAAUGCAGAAAAGGAUUUUACUUGGUUAGCACAAGAUUCUGAAUUUCUGAUCAACUAAGGCACUGCUACAAGACCAGCAAUGUUAUAUGGUAGGAAGUGUUAGGCUUUAAAAGGACAAUAUAAAGUGGAGGUCACCUAGAUGAAAAUACUAAGAUGAAUGUGUGAUCAUACAAGAAAAUAUAGAAUUUGUAAUGAGCAUAUGUAUGCGAGUGGCUGCUAUCAAUGAGAAAAUGGUAGAAAAUCGAUUGAGAUGGUUUAGUUAUGUGCAAA